AUGAAGGGAUCUAAAUUGGCCCCAGAAGCAGUUUUAUUGGAUGCAACAAGAAAGCGAUCACACAUCAAGCAAUACACAAAGGAAGAGGCAUGGAGAUUGUGGACAGAAGAGAGGGCACUCGAACUGAUCGAUACAUUGGUGGAGGACUCGUGCAUUUUACCUGAAAUAUUUAGAUGCAUCCAAGCGGAUCUCUUGUGUGUGCAACAACUUCCAGAGUAUCGACCGAACAUGUCAUCAGUGGUUCUAAUGUUGACCAGCGAGAGCGUAUUGCCUCGACUGAAGCAACCAAGUUUUUUGAUAGAAGUACAGAAUGAAGCUCAUCCCUCAUCAAGCAAGAAUGAAUCUUGUUCAGCCAAUGAGAUGAUUGUUUCAUUGUUGGAGGCUCGUUAG